CCUGUGACCUCACACCCCCCACACAUCCCUAUAAACAGACUGAGCGAUGUUUUCCCGAUGUUUUACGGCGUCGUUCUUUUACUCGCAAAGUAAAAGGACCGUCGUUUAGUUGUUUCUUGUUUUUCUCGUGACCCACAAUUUUCCGAAAGAAAAAUGGCAGAAUGGAAGACGCAGUUAACUUACAAUUACAACCCGUCUUAUCAUACCUACGCCUACAGCCUUGUGUACCAGUCCGUAGCCGAGCAAAACGACGGAAACCUGCCUGCCUGGGACGAAAAUGGGGAGCCGGUCUACAGCGACGGGGCCCCGCAGAACCUUUGCACCGCCGUCGCUCCCAUUCCCACUAUGAGCGAGAACGAGUCCCCACUGUGCAACCCAGAGACCGUAACGGGAAAUUAUCAGAGUUCCGAACUCAUGUACGUCGGUGGGACCCAGGCAGAGCCCAAAGCGGAGGCCUAUGGAGACGGAGGGAGUGAGGUGAACCGUGCCAGGAAAGGCUCCGUCAGCGACUCUGAAUCGCACACUUCACCUGACUCUUGGAGCUCUGUCAGCAGCCGCGAAGGAAGUCUUCCUAAGGUGGACCCCACUACCUGGGUCGAGAAUGCUGCUAAGGAGGAGCCUGUCAUCAGAACCGUGGAUGGCAGUGAGGAUGUUUCCAGCUCUCUCAUGGAGGACUCCCGAAACGUAGCCACACUCGGGAACGGGGCUAGCGACAACUCAGCCCCUGCACCCCUGCCUUCCCCGAAGGCGUCUUGCACCAAUCCUGCAGUUAAUCCCAAAGUGAAGGUCCGGGCAGCCUUCACAGAAAGUCAGAUGAAUGCUCUCGUCCAGCGCUUCAGUGUUCAGCGCUACCUCACUCCAGCUGAGAUGAAGAACCUGGCAGACAUGACUGGACUGAGCUAUAAACAGGUGAAGACCUGGUUCCAGAACCGGAGGAUGAAGCUCAGGAGGCAUCAGAAAGAUACCAGCUGGGUAUCAGAGCGUUAUGCCGUCCACAAGGACGCUUCCGCUCACAGACCGGCAAUGUCCAACAUGGCCCCACACAUCCCACCUUAUCAAGGAGAUGGUCCGCCCCAGUUCAGGGAGAAUUACAGCCAGCACGCAAUGGAGACACCUUUUAAGAAGCCCCCACCAAAUAUGCCCUACUACCUUGCUGCUGUGGGCGGCACAGCUGGAUCCUCCGGUUUUCCACCGUGGCCCAAUAAUGCGUCGCAGGCCACUGUGCCAAACCAGGCCGAUGAUGGUAGAUGGUCCGUACCACAAGGGGGUGGCCCCUUUGAUUACAGCUGCAACACCUUCAACCCAAAUAACUACAUGCAUGCUGCACAUUUUGAAAACAAGGAGGGGGAGCCUGUAAACAGCCCCCUAAACCCAGCUGUAAUGCAUAAUGGAAGCCAGUAGCGGGUGCGGGUAGUUAUGGAAACCAUUAGUGAUUUCACUGAGGUGUUGAUAAUGAUUUUCAAAGAUGCUCACCUCAUUUUGUAGUGAAAUGUGAUUUUUAAGCAGAAUGCAUUGUUCUGUGUCUUUUUCAAUGUACUAUUUUUUUUUUCUUCUUUAUUUCAUUUUUAUAUACUACUAUUACGUGUGUUCUGAAUGCUUCGUCACUUUAAGCAAAAACUUCACUGUGGUGCAAAGUAACAUACUUGAUAUGCACAAUUAUGUAAUAGCAUGUUUUAAAACAGAAAUGCAGGCUCAAUUUACAAGUCUUGUUGUGUUGUCUUGUUCAUUUUUGUGUUAAUGCAUGGCUAUGUUUCCAUAAUCUGUUUUCUACUGUUUAAAAUCUUUUAGAUGGUGCUGGAGACAAACUGAUUUUGAUCAUUUAUCUGUUGAAGAUUAAAGCUUUGAAAAA